CCCCCAGAUCCCUACCCUACGCUUUCUCGUUACUCACAAACUCCGGCGAUGGCCGAUCAAGUUCCUCCGGAGCCUUCUUCGCCGUCGCCAUCGCUGCCGACGCAGGGGGAGAAGCUGGGAAUGCCCCCGGCGGAUCCAAUGCUGAAGCCGUCGCCACCUUCCGCAUCCUUCGUUAUCCAGCUCCCCAAAGACCAGAUCUACCGGAUCCCACCACCGGAAAAUGCAUACCGCUUCAAUUUUUAUACUCGCCAAGCAGCCAAACGCCAACGUGGCUCCUGCAGCCGCUGCCUCUUCUUUUUGUUUAUCGUCCUCUCCCUCCUUUUCAUCUUUCUCGCCGCCGCACUCGGUAUCGUCUACCUCAUCUUCCUCCCAAAACUCCCCUCUUUCUCCAUCGAUUCCCUCUCCAUCCACAACAUCAACCUUUCCUCCUCCGCUUCCGCCUCGCCGAAGGUCGACCUCACCAUCCGAUCCGCAAAUACGAACAAGAAGAUCGGGAUUUACUACCCCGACGGCGGAUCUAUCGUCAUCGAUUACUCCGGCGAGGUUUUAAGCCGAGGUGCAUGGCCGUCUUUUUACCAGGGUAAACGGAAUUUGACGGUCGUACAAACGGCGUUAAGGGGCUCUGGUAUCCGUUUCGCUGAUGAUCUGAGAGGCAGCCUGACGGCGGCCGUGAAACGCCGUGAAGUACCGUUAGGGAUCAACGCGGAGUUGCCCAUGAGGAUGAGGUUUGGUGCCGUUAAGAUCUGGACGAUUACCGUUAAGCUACAAUGUGAUGUAACGGUGAAUAAACUGACGGCAGAUGCCCGGAUUUUGAACGAGUUAUGCAGGGCCAAAGUCGACGUGCUUUGACGGAACGUUAAUUGGCGUGGAAUUGUUUAUUUAUUCUUUCCUUGGCAUAUAAUCUUGGACAGAUUCGCCAUUGGGCGAUAUAAAUUAGCAGAUAUAGAAUACGAGGGUUAUUUUUGGUAUAUAAGUAUUUAUUUUUGAGAAUAUAUAUUAUAAAAAAUAAUUGUCAAAAUUAUAUCUUUACCCUCCAUUAGAAUUUUCUCUUCCCAUGUAAUUAAUUUUUUUAGUACAUUAUCAAAAUGCAUAAAGGAUUCAUAUCAAAAUUAUUUCCGCUUAGGAGAAA